CUUACUUUGAAGAAUUACUCACAAAUGGCCACUGGUUAAUUGCAUUGAUUGGAAUCUAUAUUGGAAUACUAAGUAUGAGCAACAACAGUUGCUUAUUAUACCUGGCACUCGCUGCAUUCGCCGCUCACAUCGCCACCACCACCGCGGCUGCUGCGAAACCUAAUUGCGGCGGCAGCUCCUCCUCGAAAAACAUUGAGCUCUUGCAGCCGACGAAUCCACCACGCGAAUGCAUUUACCACAUCAACGCCUACAGCAGUAAUGUCUGUCAGCUGCGCAUCGAUUUCGCAAUGACGCUGGCCCAGCCAACAGUACCGGACGAGCAAAACGGUUUGUGGUAUGUGCAGUGCGUAAAAGAUUAUUUCGCGGUGAACGGUUUGAAACUAUGCGGCACAGAGAUCGCGCAGCACAUCUACGUGCCAUUCAAUCGUACCGCGGGCGUUAAGAACAUCGAUCUGAGUAUUGUAUUGGCGGUACGCGCUGGUGGUGGUGGAAACUUGCCCACACCCAGUUGGAAAAUGGCUGUCACGCAAUUGGAGUGUCCCUCUGAUGCGGCUAUACGUAGCGGCUUAGCGACUCUAGCAGUGGAGAACGAACAGAUGGAGGCGAUUGAACGCGCUGUGCAGCCACGCGCUGGUAUCAAGGAUGGCUUCUUUGUAGCGCCACCUGAUUGCUUGCAGUACUUCCCCUAUGCCACUGGCAACAUUACCUCCUUCAACUUCAAUGGCGGCGCAGGUGUUUAUCCAGGCAAUAUGAACUAUGCGAUCUGCUUCCGACGUCAGCAAUCGACUCAAUCUCUCGAAUUAAACGCGCGCUACUUUGGAUUAGGCACCGGAUACCAGCGGCAGAAAUUUCAGGAAUUAGAUAAUUACUGCCGUCCACAGCUGGCUGCCGCAGGAGUGAGUGAAGAUUACUUGAUGGUGCCACAAGCAACCAUUGUGGACAGCAACAUACGCGCCACAUACUUUUGCGGUGACAGCAUACAGGGCGACAUAGUGACAAGCACCAACCCAGGACCACUGGCGAUAACUUUCAACAGCGAUGGCAACUACAAGGCUGGACAGGAAGUUGGCUUCUCCUUAAGCUAUAGAGUUUUGUAAA